AAAAAACGGUAUUUUAAUUUCUAGGAAUGUGUACAAGUACCAAACUUUUCUUCGUAAAGCUAUAUGAAUAUUCUUAAUUUUAUAUUUUCUUUAAUCCCUGUAUAUAACUAUCGAAAAAUGUAGAGAAAAUAUAUUUACAAAAUUACGAAAAUAAACGAAUUAAACCGUUCGAGCUUGUAUAAGUGAAAAGUUAAUAUGAGUGCUGUGCAAAUAUUUUUUCUAUUCCUUUGUUCGCGUAUUGUGGCACAGUAGUCAUUCCCCGGGUUUAUUCGAUCUCUACCUAUCUACACUCUAGUAUAAAUCAAAGUGAAUUAUAGUAAAUUAGUGGUGAAUUUAUUCUUUAUAUUCGCCGGUAUGUCUUUUGAACAUCGUUCUAUGAAGAUACUAAUCGAAGAUAAGCUUUCUCCAGUAAAUUGUAGAAGAUUGUAAUGUUCAGACUGAGCAUGUUAAUCAGUUGCAUUUUCAUGACAAACAGUGCUAUGGAAGAUAAGAAUUUAGCGUCAAACCUUGUGGAUUCAACAUCGGAUUUGACAGAUUUUGACAAAUAUGCUGUCACUUGUUAUAUAUGCGUGAACGUCUCCGACAAUCUAGUUUGUAAUCAGUUCGCUAUAGAUAGACCUUGUAAACCUGGAGAAACAUUCUGUCACACUCUACACAUAAUGGAUUCAAAAGGAACGAGCGUUCUCGUAAACAAAAAGUGCACAACCGAGAAAGAAUGCCAAAGAAAUAAAGUUGGUUGUGUGGAAAUCGACGCCCAAAUGAUGUGUGUGUCCUGUUGCGAUCAGAACUACUGCAAUGUCAAUGUGCCAAGUAAUUCUUCUACGGCUGUCUUCGACGACAAAAUAUCAAAAAUGCGAAUGUUGGCAAAGAAUCUCUUCAGAGAAAGAGAAAAGGCCCUAACGACUACAAUCAAAGAGUCUAAGGCUAAUCAAAUUUACGGCUGGAAAAACUCAUUUUAUUACCUUUAUCUUUUGUUCAUGUUAAUAGUUGAUACUUAGUAGAUUUUAUAAUGAACGCGCUUUGUUUUGCAGAGAAAUUAUUGCUUCGUAUUUUGUAAAUAUUCUGCUUUUUGCUCAAUUAUAAAUAUAUUAUGAAACCA